AUGACCUCGACCAUCUCCUCCGCCAGACUGGCCCGCGACAACGCUGACUUCUCUAAAUACAAAGUCCGUCGCUUCUACCUCCCCGUCAAACCACUCUCUGCCUCCCCCGUCUCUACCCCCUCCUCUUCCCCUGCCUCCCCCACAGAUGACUCCUCCGACACCUCCUCCGACUCCGAUGAUCUCUCCCCCCUCUCCUCAAGCACAACCUCCCUCUCCUCCCAAGCCGCGCUCGCGACCCACGUCGACGACUUCUUCUGGACGUACCAAGAAGAACCCCACCGCUCGCGCCGGAUGGCAAUCAUGCAGGCCCAUCCCGAAGUCACAAAGUUGUGCGGGAUCGAGCCGUUGACAAAGUACGUUAUCACCUGCGUUGUCGCGCUGCAAUUCGGCUGCGCGUACGCGCUGCGCAACUCAUCCCUCUCGAGCGCGUGGUUCUGGGUCGUGGCAUACGUCGUCGGCGCGACCGCGAACCAAAACGUCUUUCUCUGCAUCCACGAACUCAGCCAUAACCUCGGCUUCAAAAAACCACUGCACAACCGACUCUUUGCCAUCUUUGCAAACCUGCCCAUCGGCAUCCCCUACUCCGCCAGCUUCAGACCGUACCACCUCAUCCACCACAAGCACCUCGGCGACGCGAACCUCGACGCCGACCUGCCCACGCCGCUUGAAGCGAUCGUGCUCUCGAACCUCGCGGGGAAAGCGUUCUUCGCGACCUUUCAGAUUUUGUUUUACGCGCUGCGGCCGAUGUUUGUCAUGACGCUGCCGUUUACGUCGAUUCAUCUUCUUAACGUCGUCGUGCAGCUUGCGGUGGACGCGCUCGUCGUGAGGUGGUGGGGGUGGAUGCCGCUGCUGUACUUUAUCAUGUCUGAUUUCCUUGCUGGAAUACAUCCUCAACCCCAAACAAACCCCCCUGGCAUGACCCCCCCCGAAACCUACUCCUACUACGGCAUCCUCAACCUCUUCACCUACAACGUCGGCCUACACAACGAACACCACGACUUCCCCUACAUCCCCUGGACGCGUCUUCCCCUGCUCACGCAGCUCGCGAGCGAAUUCUACGAGCCCCUGCCCUUCCACGAGAGCUGGUCGCGGGUGAUCUUUGACUUUGUGUUUGAUCGGAGGGUGAGUUUGUGGUGUAGGGUCAAGCGGGAUACGGCGAAGAUCGUGGGGAGGAAAGGGGAGUGUGUUUGA